ACCAGCCAGAGGGAGACGUUAACACCUCCAGUCAGGAUGAGUUCCCUGACCUCUGACCCUAACCAGACAGACGUCAACACCAUCAUCCGACCCCCUUACUUCUUCAUCAGUGGUUUCAUAGCCAUCCCCGACAUGAACUACUACUACAUCUUCCUCUGUUUUGUUUACAUCAUCUCUCUGGUGGGCAACACCUUCGUCAUGACUGGCAUCUACGUGGACCGCAGUCUCCACAGCCCCAAGUACAUCGCUGUGUUCAACCUGGCCUUCACAGACGUGUGUGAAAGCACAGCCCUGGUUCCCAAGCUGCUGGACAUGUUUCUGUUCAGCAGACAGCUCAUCUCCUACGAUCAGUGUCUCACGAGCCUCUUCUUCGUCUUCCUCUUCAUCACCAUGCAGUCCUUCAACCUCACCAUCCUCUCCUAUGACAGACUGGUGGCCAUCUGCUACCCGCUCAGGUACCACAUGAUGAUCACACACAGGUCCAUGCUCCAGCUGACGGGGGCCGCCUGGGCGUUUGCUGUGUUGAUGGUGUUGAUCUCUGUGUGUCUCAUCACCCGGCUCUCUUUCUGUAGGUCUCUGGUGAUCAACAGCUACUUCUGUGACCACGGUCCCCUGUUCCGUCUGGCGGCCCCCUGUUCUAAUGUGGUCCCUAACAUAGCGAUGAGCGAAAUCAACCCCUGUAUAGUUCUCUAUCUCCCAAUGAUCUUCAUCAUAUCAUCAUACAUCUGUAUAACACACGCCCUGUUCACCGUCACACUGCCCCAGGACAGACUCAGAGCCAUUAAGACAUGUACCUCACACCUAAUACUGGUGGCCAUAUUCUACCUGCCCAUUAUUUUCACGUACUCUCUCUACUCCAUCAUACCAACCAACGCCCGGAUCAUCAAUCUCUCCCUGACCUCGAUACUGCCACCAAUGCUCAAUCCCAUCGUAUACGUUCUGAAGACGGAGGAGUUUAAGGUAUCAGCCAAGAAGAUGCUCAGAAGAGGGGCCCAAAGAGCUGUGACGCAGGUCAAAACAACAUGAAGUUCUUGAAUUUUUUCUCUUAAAAAUAAUAUAUUUACACUGCCUUCUGAAAGUAUUCACACCUAAACAACCAUUUAAGUCUUGGCAUAGAUUUUCAAGGCGAUUUACGUUUAAACUGUAACUAACCCACUCAGGAACAUUCACUGUCAUCUUGAUAAGCAACGCCAGUGUAUAUUUGAUCUCAUGUUUUGGGUUAUUGUCUGAACUGUGAAUUUGUCUUCCAGUGUCUUUUGGAAGUCAGACUGAAGACUACCUAACCCCUCAACACUCUAACCACUAGGUUACCUGCCGCCUCUACACUCUAACCACUAGGCUACCUGCCGCCCCUACACUCUAACUGAACCAGCUUUUCCUCUCAGAUUUAGCCGGUGCUUAGUUUCUUUUUAUCCUAAAAAACUCUAGUCCUUGCCGAUGACAAGCAUACCUAUGUUGCAGCCACCACCAUGCUUGGAAAUAUGUGGUACUUAGUGAUCUGUUGAGUUGGAUUUACCCCAACCAUAACACUUUGUAUUCAGGACAUAAAGUUAACUACUUAGCCAUUUAUUUUUACAGUUUUACUUUAGUGCCUUAUUGAAAACAGGACUCUUGUCUUGGAAUAUCUCACAGGUUUCCUUCUUUUCAGGCUGUAAUUUAGGUUAGUAUU